AUGGAGCUUGCAUCUGUGAAGAGUGAAUUCAACCCAAGAUGUAAUAGGUUACACGUUAUGGUGGAUGGCAGCGAGGCUAAUGCUUCAAGGGGCAUCAAAAGGCGGCGAAGAGAUUCGUCUUCGCCUCUGCCUCCAACGGUGUUAGGGGGCAAUGAACAACAAGGUGAACAGCCGGAAGCCCAACAGACACCACAGAGUGGCCAAUCGACCCCCAGCACCGUGAAGAGAAGUUCAAGGUUCAGAGGAGUUAGCAGACACAGAUGGACUGGAAGGUAUGAAGCACAUCUAUGGGAUAAAGGGACAUGGAAUCCAACUCAGAAAAAGAAAGGAAAGCAAGUGUAUUUGGGAGCUUAUAAUGAUGAAGAAGCUGCUGCUAGAGCUUAUGAUUUGGCUGCACUUAAGUAUUGGGGAACAUCAACGUUCACCAAUUUUCCAGUAUCAGAUUAUGAGAAAGAAAUUGAGAUAAUGAAAACUGUAACCAAAGAAGAAUACCUUGCUUCAUUGAGAAGAAGAAGCAGUGGAUUUUCUAGAGGUGUAUCAAAGUAUAGAGGAGUAGCAAGGCACCAUCACAAUGGAAGAUGGGAAGCAAGGAUUGGAAGAGUGUUCGGCAACAAGUACCUUUACCUUGGAACUUACAGUACACAAGAAGAGGCAGCUCGCGCAUAUGAUAUUGCUGCAAUUGAAUACAGAGGCAUAAAUGCUGUGACAAACUUUGACUUGAGCACUUACAUCAGAUGGCUAAGACCAGGAGGAGUACACUCUAGCACCUCUCAAGAUCAAAAGCCGAGCACAGACCCUCAGAUAUUUACAACCUCUAACCCCAUCCUAGCCACAGGAGCCACCGAGCUAUCAAACUUCAACUUCCAUCCAGUCCCUGCAAGCGAAUUGGACAUCACCAAGAAGAAAGAGUUUUCCAAGUUUGCGGCACCUUUAAGUCCAUGCUAUAAGUCACCUUCAUCUUCCCCAACAGCAUUAGGACUUCUACUAAAAUCCUCAGUGUUUAGAGAACUGAUGCAGAGAAACCUGAAUUCUGCAGAUGAAGAAGCUGAAGAAGUUGAAUUGAAAUAUCCAGAAGAGGGCAGUGAUGGGAUUGGAGGGAUUCUUAAUAACAAUGACACUAACAGUAUAUCUUACUUUGGUUCUUCUUCCAAUAUCAACAGAUUACCUAACUUAGUGUCUCCAGAAAGCAGCAAAAUGCCAAUGUAUCACAGAACUGUUAUGCCAUCGCUGUGGAAUGGUGCUUUCAACAUUUCUGACUGA